AGAUUGACGACGAGAGGUUCGUCGCCGAAGUCCACGGCACCGUCAUGUCAAUUCGUCGGUUUCUUAUUCGGUCACGUGAUGCCGUCAUUGGAUUCGCACUCUCGACUUGCUGUCUCGUCUCGGCAGGCGUUCCUCACUUGCGUCUGUCUGGACACCUGAGAGGGACGUAACCGGCGGCUUUCGGUCCCAAGUUGUUGCGAUUUCCACUGUAGAGGCCUUGGAAAGGUUUUCGGAGCUUUAAGCUACCCGAAUCAGUAGUGGAAGUUAUCAAAAUGGGCAAGGCAGCCAACAACAAGAAAAAAGCAGCUCGGCAGCGCCGGAAUGACCCUACCGGGUUGAACAACGUUCCCGAUGUCCAAACGGCUUCAGAUGCACCGGCCACCACCCAGGCUGCGCCAAUAGUAAAGAAGCUUGCUUCGGCCUCUUUGGACGACAGAGCAUGGGCAGCAACGGCCUUGUCAAACCUGGUCCUCGAUGCCCACACUCGGAGGAGUCUUCUCGCCGACGACAUUAUUGGCCAGCUACUUUCUGUCCUAUCCACUGAAGGUCACGCCGAGGUGAUCGUUGAGGUGUGCGGAGCCCUCCGAAACCUAGCUGUUGCUGGGGGAGAAGAAGUCUGCAUGGAGCUCGGUCGUCGUAAUGGGGUGGCCCCGCUGAUGGGGUUGUUGGAAAAGGUGCAGACAUGGAUCUCGACACGGUUGGCUGACGCGGCAGUGAUCGCGCAGGGAGGAACCGUACCUCAAAUCGCGGACAAAGUAGAGGUGGAGAACAGGAGAUACUGCUUCGACAUUGCCGAGUCGGUUGUUCAGUUGUUGUGGUCGUUGUGCGAGGCGUCAGACCAGGUCGUCAAGUUCUUGACCCAGACGCAGGUCAUUCCGUUUUUGAUGGAGCUUGUGAAGCACGCGAAUGACAUUCCAUGGAAGUUGGUGCAGGUCUCUGCACAAUGCUUGCAUACUCUCACGGAUGAGAACCCUCAAACUCAUUCGCUGUUUGAGCAACACCCCGAUUACGCAGAAAAGUUGGCAGCUAUCGCAUCUGGAUCUGAAUCCGCUUUUGAUACGUGGAAUGAGAAUCGAAUGUUGCUCCGACCUUUGAGUGCAGGCAUUCUGUACAACAUUCGUGAGGCACCAAUCGCGCAGACACCGGUCGCUAAGCAGGCUAUCUAUACUGCUAUCUUUCGAGCAAUCGAGUCUUGCUUAGGAUGCGAUAUUCCCGCGGCGCAGGCUGCCGCGGUGGCGAUCUCGAAAGCGAUGGAAGAGACAGCGGCCAAAUUGCCAUCGGGAGACGCAAGCGACGGGAACGAUGCGGGAGUGGACAUCCAGGAGAUUGUGAACCAGGAAAAUGCCCGCAUGGGUGUUUUGGAGGGUCACAUGGAGACGGUGCAGCUCGCGUUGGAGUUGCUCGCCAAUGUUGCUGUCGUCGAAGAGGGUCACGACGAUUGGGCGGUGGAAGGGAUGGACGGUGACGGUGAAUCUGGAGAUGAGAUGGAGGACGACGAUGAGGAUGUGAUGGAGAUGAUGGAGGCUGACAUGGCCACUAUCAAGGAGGACGAGGCGGGUGCACCAAAUGGGACGGAGGCGCCCCUCGAUCCUGUGUUGAACAUGCUGCUUGGCGACUUCCCAGCGAUAUUCACCAGGGUUGUCCAGCUGAUCGCUCCGCCGAAAGCCCUUGCGCCAGAAACAUCAUCCGAUGGCCCCGUAGAAACAAACCUUACCGCCCAGCUCAUCAUCAUCCAAACCCGAGCCCUUAUCGCGCUCACCAACAUCCUGUCAACUCCUCUCGCAUCCCGUUUCCUCACCUCUUCCGCCAUCACCAAUGAACUCUGGGACCACCUCUUCAUCGCCGCUCAGAGCAGUGGCCUAGGUACUGAUGAUUUCCACCAGGAUGUGCUGGACGCCGCUUGGGGUGCCACAUGGGCUGUCACAAGACACAUGGACAGCUCGCCCGCGACGCGUAUUACACCGUCGGAAACACAUAUCACCACCCUGCAGCAAUCCUCUGCACAACACCUCGGAUCCACGCCGAUUCCAGACGCCGUUCGUCAAAAGGCCGCAAACAUCCUCACCUUACUCGCCAAGCAGUCCCCGUCCAUCCCCGUCACCACCCAGAUCACCAUCCACCUCCUCGUCCUCUUUGCGUCUACCCUGCAACAAUCCUCAAGCACUCCUCAAUCUCACGCAGCAUCCGUCUCACUCGCGUCGGAUAUCUUAAACGGGUUCUACGACAUCUUCCCCGACGCGCUGACGGACCCGACCGACUGUGUGUACGUCGCCAACAACAUGAACGCUAAGCUGAAGGAGCUGAUCCCGGCGUUCAGGACGGCGGUGAAAACCGUUGAUAAGCGGAAGUUUAGGGAGGUUAGGGAACGGGCUGAGGAGGCGUUACUGAAUAUGAGGGCGUUUGUCGAUUAUAAGGAGAAGGAGAGGAGAAAUAUGCCUGUGCGAGCGUAGUCUGCGCUGCUAUUCUGCAUUGCAGAACGGCUGCGACACAGCCACACGAUGUGAUUUAUUUUGUUUAUAACCCCACUGUAUUUAUUACUGCAAAACACAUACCACAUGGCACGCAUCACUUCAUGACCCUCAAACGAAUCUUACGAGUGAACAAGUCGACCGAAACAUGUGACCUUAGUUAAACGUGUAUAAUAGUGUCAUGGGGUAGGGUUACUGUCAUGGGUUAGGGUUACACCCAUGUCCUUCUUCGCUUCUUUGCCUUUCUUCCCUUUUUUCCCACGCAUCUUUCGUUAGCGGACAUUAGCAGAAAAUCGAAAGAGUCGUAUCGAUGUAUAAGUUCCGAGACACAUCCGCUUCAUGCAUACGCUUUUGUGGAUGAGCAACUUUGUAUCUACAAUUCUAGGGA